UCGGGUGAAAGGUCACCGUGUUGGUUUAAAGGUCACAAGGAGCGGAAGUUAUCCGCCGUGUUCUGGGUGGUUAUCGCGCCGCGGGGGGACUGGGUUCGGUCGUCCGAGCGGGUUGGCGACUCCGCUUAGCCCAUUCCAGUGCGUGGGAAAAGCAGGAAUUCGGACAAAAUGUCUGGAAUUGCCCUGAAUCGUCUUUCCCAGGAAAGGAAAGCAUGGCGGAAGGACCAUCCCUUUGGUUUUGUGGCUGUGCCUGUGAAGAAUCCAGAUGGCACAAUGAACCUGCUGAACUGGGAGUGUGCGAUUCCAGGCAAAAAAGGAACGACUUGGGAGGGAGGCCUGUUUAAACUGCGGCUGCUUUUCAAGGAUGAUUAUCCCUCAUCACCGCCGAAAUGCAAGUUUGAACCACCAAUAUUCCACCCAAAUGUAUAUCCAUCAGGAACCGUUUGUCUUUCAAUUCUAGAAGAAGGAAAGGACUGGAGGCCUGCGAUCACCAUCAAACAGAUAUUAUUAGGCAUUCAAGAACUUUUAAAUGAUCCAAAUGUUCAUGACCCAGCUCAGGCAGAAGCAUACAUGAUUUACUGCCAGGACAACGCAGAAUAUGAUAAGAGGAUUCGAGAACAGGCCCUGCGGUUUGCACCAACAUAAAGGUGUGUCAGAGUUGAUUGUGCAAUGGAGAGGACAAGGAAUGGCACAGCAAGACCUUUUAUCACUUUAGGGAAGUGUCUGUAUUUUAAAAGUGGGCUUUUGUUUUAUAAAGCCCAGUGUAUUCUUUCCACCAGGAACCAUUUGUUUUCCACUGCCUUGCCCUGCAAUCUGUGUUUUAUUUGCUUUUGUCAUUGACACCUGUUGCAAAAAUGAAUAUUGGUUGCUUCAAGCCAGGUGCUUGUUGACUUUACUUUCUCCAAACUAGUUUUGGUCUCUGCAUCAAUUUGUAUUUUUGAUGGUUCAAUUAUAAAGAAAUACUUAUUUUAAUAAGGAGUAGGCUAAUCUUCCAAGAGCUGCAAAUGCUGAAACUUUUAAAUUUCCAAAAUGCACAAGUCUGGAUGGUAAUACCAUUACUGGCUAUUUGCAGAGAACAAAAUAUUGUGCAUGAUUCUGGAGCCAAUAUGGCAGUCUAUUUGGGAGACUUGCUCCACAAGGAAUUGGGCUGGAAGGACUCUCCUCCAUAGGCUGUGAAACAUUACCAUUGUUUACAGCCUUUUGUCCCCAUGUGUCUUUAAAUGAUAAUAAAGAUUUGUACAAAAAUAUUCUUAUUGUAUCUGCUGGUUACUUUCCUAGACUAGACUGCUUUCCUUAAGUGAAUUGCUCCUAUCCCAAAGCUCCUUUCAAAGAGGGGAUGACUAUCUGCAGAUUUCCCUGAAAUUGUGACAUGGGAAUAUGCUGUGUGUGUGCUUGCUGCUUCUGUUCAUAGCUCUGGAUAAACCUUUUUUUAACUAACAACCAGCCAGAGGUUUGAUCGCCUACCUUUUUAGUGCCAUGCCUUUUCACCUGACAGCAGCUGAGACGGAAAUAGUAGGUUAAUUUCUGAAAUCGGAUGGUAACUGAUGUUUCUGGUGAUAUAAUAUUGUCCCAAAAUUAUUGUAAAUAAAACUACAACGUCCAUUCAUUUGAACUGGUACCUUGCUUCAAUGUUCACUGAAAUCUUUUGUAUGAAUGGAAGGAAAGUGUGUUUGGGCCAGUAGAAGAUACCUUUAAUUGUGUGCUGUUUUGGGGUUGUUCAAAUAAACUAA